AAGUGUAACCCAUCACCCACACACACCAACAUACCGCCACAGGAGCACAAGUCCAAGCCCCUGUUCUAAAUUUUUGACUGUCACAUACUUGCGGGCCUUACCCUUUCUCUCUAUCCGUACUUGCCACCGAGGGUUUUCCUUCCUUUCAAUCUCCAUGGAGACCUCUUCUUCUCAUCCAUCCGAUUCCAGUCCAAAGGCUGCCGGUGCUUCCAAGUUCCUCGCCAAUCUUCCCUCCCGCGGCUUCUUGUCCUCCACUGUCUCCUCUUCCUCCUCCAAUCCGGGUGGGAUGCGGGUUUAUAUUUGCGAGCAUGACACUUCACCCCCAGAGGGCCAACAAAUAAAGACCAACCAGACAAACAUUCUGAUAAGAUCACUCCAGCUUAAUAAACAGAAGGGUGAUUCCAGUUCAAAGGAUGUGAAGGGGGUAGCUGCAAAUGAGGGUUCUAGAAAGAGGGCCCCAGAAAAAGCUUUGAAUUCCAGGGCUUCAGCAAAGAGAGGCAAUAAUCAGAUUGGUUCUCGACAAGAUGAAUCUGAUAGCCGCACAUCAGAUAAGGACUAUUACAGUUUGACAGUAGAGAGGCUCCGGGCUCUCCUGAAAGAGCGAGGUCUUUCACCCAAAGGAAGGAAGGAUGAGCUGGUUGCAAGGUUGAGAGGUGUGUAAAAAAGUAAAUGGUUGAUUGUUCGGGUGCAGAGACGAGGCUAAUCUCUGCAUGUGCGCCAUCCAAGAUAAGGAUAGUAGAUUAUAUGUAACUUAGGAAAUAUCUAAAAUAUGCAAGUUGUAACAUAGGAGAGAAAUAAUAACUUGAGCACAAGAAUGAGCAAUUUGUAUGGUUUUGUCUUUUAAGCGGGUUUGGUCUUUUGGUUCCAAGAUACUUUCUAUUGCGUGCUGCGACAUGUGGUCGUAUCAUUAGAAACUUAAAGAGUAUCCGCACAAUUUUGGGCUGUCUCAAUGUCUCUAGUUUGAAUCAAAACUUUCUUUCAGA